AAAAGUUAACUCGCCGAGUAUAGCUUGGUAUCUUCGCUUGGAUGACUAGAAAAACUUCGGACACGUUUCACGUUUAUUUCAAAACCCAUCCCGCCGGCCAUCGCGCGCUCUUUGGCUUGCUGGUGUUGACUGCCCGGGGCCGGCAUCUGAACUGGAGAAACAGACUACAGUGAGUCUUGUGUAGUCGAAAAUGGAAGAACUAGCCCGUGAGAGUAUCUGCCUGCUGGCAAGAUCUGCGUCGCACGCGGACCCCCCACGCCUUGGUUCGUUCGGUGCCAUCUUCAUCAUGCUGAAGUCUGCCCUGGGUGCGGGGCUGCUCAACUUUCCAUGGGCCUUCGAGAAAGCUGGGGGAAUAAACACAGCUGUCAGCGUGGAAAUGGUGUCACUGGUGUUCCUUAUUAGUGGCCUGGUGAUCCUGGGCUAUGCCUCCUCAGUUAGUAGACAGAAUACCUAUCAGGACGUGGUGCGGGAGGUGUGUGGAGGCGCGAUUGGCCAGCUGUGUGAGGUCUGCUUCUGUUUCAACCUCUUUAUGAUCUCUGUGGCCUUCCUGGUGGUGGUGCAGGACCAGCUGGAAAAACUUUGUGUAUCCCUGUAUGAUGCUGUGACUGGGUCCAGCGAGGUGGAGAUGCCAUAUCACUGGUAUACAGACCAGCGCUUCGCCCUUUUUCUCAUGUGCCUCAUCUUCAUCCUCCCCCUCUCUAUUCCUAAAGAGAUUGGCAUACAAAAAUACACCAGUGUGUUGGGCACCCUAGCAGCUACAUACCUCUGUGUGGCUGUUAUUGUAAAAUAUUACUUAAUGGAGGACUAUACAGCCAUCAUCACCCCAGAGCACAUUCAAGGCAUAGGCUCAUGGGCAUCGAUGUUCAGUGUUGUGCCCACCAUCUGUUUCGGCUUUCAGUGCCAUGAAGCCUGUAUUGCUAUUUAUAGCAGUAUGGAGAACAAGAAACUCUUCCACUGGGUGGUCAUCUCGGUCAUAUCUAUGUUCUUCUGCCUGCUCAUCUACACUCUUACAGGUGUGUUUGGCUUCCUGACAUUUGGACGCGUUGUAGCAUCUGACAUUCUUAUGUCAUAUCCUGGAAAUGAUGUUGUCAUGAUCAUUGCCAGACUCCUGUUUGGAAUCUCAAUCAUCACGAUCUAUCCCAUUAUUCUACUACUGGGCAGGUCAGUGAUCCUGGACCUGAUGCAGCGUGUUCAGCGCAGGCGUCACGGUGUGGUCACACAUUCCUUUGAGAAACAAUGCAGAGUGAUUCUUACAGUGGUCUGGAUCACCAUCACUCUCCUCAUCGCCAUGUUUGUUCCUGACAUGAGUGAGGUCAUCGGGGUCAUCGGAGGGAUCAGCGCCUUCUUCAUCUUCAUCUUCCCCGGUCUGUGUCUCGUGUUCCUCAUGCAGUCAGAACCUGUGUCUCACAGAGUUCGGGUGUUACUGACAGUUUGGGGUGUGGUCACUAUUGUGGUUGGAGCCUUCAUCUUUGGACAAAGCACCACAAUAGCCAUCAUGGAGCUCUUCCAGAAGUUCUGA